CACGCGAGGAAUUCUUUUCCGCAGGAUUCAGCCUUCAUGGAUGGUUUCAGGUUGUCGGGUAGCGGGGGACUACUUCGGGUGGCCGAAGUUCUCGAUCUCUUAUCGUCUCUAUCUUGUGUGCUGAGUCCGUGUAUGCUCGACCAGCGCACGAGCACGUUCUUUUGCACGCCGGAUAUGCGAACCCCAUGGGGCACGGGGCUUCCCCCGCAUCUCGGCAUGCAGCGAUCCCUGGAUCAGCAACAAGUUGCUUUGCCAAGUUCGUGGAGUCUGGGGAAGAGAAGAACUACAAAGCUGGCUGUUGUCUGGGGGUAAUGAGGCAUCAUCAGCUCUGGAGGUCGCAAAGCUCCAUCUAUUCACUAUGGCGACUCCAUCCAAUGAUAUCAAGUCCAAGGUCUCGAUCGAGCACAUCGAUACACUAGACAAACCGCAAAAUGUCGUUGCUUUGGACAAAUUCGGAGCAGCGACCGAGUAUACCCCUGAAGAGAAAUCUCUGGUCAGGAAGUUGGACACCCAUAUGAUGCCAAUGCUUUGGAUCAUGUACUUCAUGAACUUCCUUGACCGUAACGCCAUUGUCAACGGAAAGAUCAACAACAUGCACAAGGACCUCAAUCUGCAGGGGACAGAAUACAACACAUGCGUGAGCAUCUUCUUCGUCGGUUAUCUCGUAGGGCAGGUACCCUCAAACAUGCUCCUGACUCGUGUCAAACCCUCCCACUACAUGGCUGGUUGGACGAUGGCAUGGGCAAUCGUAUCGACACUCAUGGUUCUCGUGAAAGACUACCAUGGCAUGUUGGCAUGCAGACUUGUACUUGGGAUGACGGAGGCACCGUUCUAUCCAGGAGCACUGUACAUGAUCAGCUCUUUUUACACACGUAAGGAGACCGCAACAAGGAUGUCGGUGUUCUAUACUGGCAACUUGCUUGCGAGUUCCUUCUCUGGUCUUAUCGCAGCUGGAAUAUUCGCCGGACUGGACGGGAAAAAGGGCCUUGAGGGGUGGCGAUGGCUGUUCCUUAUUCAGGGGGUCUUCACAGUUCUCAUCGCGGCGAUGGCAUUCUUCCUCCUACCUAACGCACCCCUUCAAACCCGGUGGCUCACCCCAGCCCAGCGACAACUAGCACACAGCCGCAUCGAACAAGAUACGACCCAGAAGCGAGACAAGGUCAACGUCUGGAAAGGUCUCCGAGAGGCAGCAGUCGACUACCGCACCUGGAUCUUUGCACUCAUGCAAAACCUUCACUUAUCAGCGAAUGGCUUCAAAAACUUCCUACCAACAGUCGUGCAGACGUUAGGUUUCAACCGAACAAUCACCCUCGUAUUGACCUGCCCUCCGUAUCUCAUCUCAGCCUUCGUGUCUGUAGCAGUAUCCUGGUCAUCUGGUCGCUUCAACGAGCGCACCUGGCACAUCACGCUCUCCAAAGCCGUUGCGAUUGUGGGCUUCAUCGUGGGGACUGCCACCUUGAACAUUGGCGCGCGGUAUUUCGCCAUGGUGCUAUUCGUAGGAGCGACCUAUGGUGUCAACAACAUCGUGCUGGCUUGGACCGCCGGUGUGCUCGGCCAGACGGACGAGAAGAAAUCAGUCGCAUUGGCUAUCGUCAAUACGUUGGGCAACCUCUCCUUCGUUUACACGCCGUAUCUGUGGCCCGACAGCGAUGCGCCGCGCUUUGGCAAGGCCAUGUAUGCGAGCGUGGGCUUCUCGGCGGGUGUGGUACUGUGUGCGUGGGUGAUGAGACUUGUGUUAAUGAGAGACAACAAGAAGAUCCGUGCAUCGGACAACGAGGCUAUCAACUUCUAUGUGUACUAGCGAAGCGAAGGAGGCCACCAGGAGAUCUCUUAUCAUUGGCUUUUGCCUUUCAUGGGAUGGCAGAAUGAGAGGAAAUGGAAGUUGCAAAGCGUCAGGAAGCUCAAGGGAAAGUAAAAAGGAGUGAUAGCCUACAAUGUAACACAAAUUGCUGAUGUCG